AUGGAGUUGAAUGGACCUUGGUUUACUGAUAAAAAGACGAAUCGCACCGUAUUGUUCAAAGGCGUCAACUUGAGCGGUGGCACUAAAUUGCCAGUUGGCAUGCCUUCUCACCAACGUCAUGGCUAUUGGGUGGAUUAUGACCGUAGAGUGAGUUUUGUGGGAAGACCAUUCCCAUUAGAUGAAGCAGAUGAGCAUCUACAGCGAUUGGUGAGCCUUGGGUUCAAUUUGCUACGUUGUGUCGUUACCUGGGAGGCUAUUGAGCAUGAAGGACCCGGCAUCUAUGAUCAGGAUUACAUUGAUUACUUGAUGGCAUUACUCAAGAAAUGCCAGCAUUACGGACUGCAGGCUUUCAUUGAUCCUCACCAAGACAGCUGGUCUAGACAUUGUGGUGGCUCUGGCCAUCCUGGCUGGACAUUGACACUUGCUGGCUUAAACCCGUUGAAUUUUCCAGACACAAAUGCAGCCAUUGUACACAACCUCUAUCCUAAUCCAAAAGAAUACCCAAAAAUGAUUUGGAAUACAAACUAUGCAAAAUUAGCAGCUGCCACCUUAUUCACACUGUUCUUUGCAGGCAAGACAUUUGCACCCAAAUGCAUCGUCAAUGGGGUCCAUGUGCAAGACUAUCUACAAUCCCACUACAUCAACAGUAUGCAGCAGAUUGCCAAAGCCAUUCAAGCCAACGGAUUGGAGAAUACAGUUAUUAUUGGCUACGAUACCAUAAACGAGCCUGGCCAAGGGUAUCUGCCCAUCCCACAUCUGAAUCAACUGUCCAAAGAGGACACGGACUUCAAGAUGGGUUUCACACCUACUGCUUAUCAAGGCAUGCUACUAGGUUCAGGUAUACCUACCAAGGUGGAGAACUGGGAGUUUAGAUGGAAUGGUCCCAAAAAGACGAGCGAGGAACUAGUGAAUCCUGAUAACGUGGUUGCUUGGCUGACUGAUGAGGAACUCAAAGGAGCGUGUGAUACAUUUGGAUGGGAAAGAGAUCCUUCUUGGACAGCUGGCUGUAUCUGGGCUCUCCAUGGUGUGUGGGACAAGGCAACGCAGCAACUGCUGAAGCCUGAUUACUUUGCUACACAUCCUACUACUGGAAAGCCCACGGUGUACAUUGACUACUGGCUGGAGCAUGUGCACCACUAUGCAGCUGCGCUUCGUGCCAUCCAUCCUGAUGCUAUUUUGUUUGUGCAACCUCCAGUGCUAGAAGUACCACCCAAGAUGCCCUCCUCGCUUGAACGCAUUGUCUAUGCUCCUCACUGGUACGAUGGACUCACCUUGGUCAAGAAGAAAUGGUGCAGCUAUAACGUGGAUUUCAUCAAUCUAAACCGCGGUAAAUAUGGCACUGGCCCUUUGCGUUUCUUGCGCGCAUUGCGACUGGGUGAAAAGGCUAUUCGACAAUGCUUUGUAGAUCAGCUAAAGACGAUACAAACCGAAGGCCUGGAAAACGUUGGAAACUAUCCUUGUAUCUUGGGUGAAAUUGGUAUUCCUUAUGAUCUAGAGGUGUCGGACUCUUCCAGCACAAACAGCGUGGCAUAUUGGUGGAACUGGUGUCUAUCCUUCUUUACACAGGCGAGUCAGGUUGCAGAGACUUCGAUCAACAGCUCCAACUCGCCGCAAAACAGAGCGUUGGAUGCCAACUUGAAUGCUCUGGAGAAAAACUUGCUCAACUACACACUUUGGAACUACAUGUCUGACAACAGCCAAGAAUGGGGCGACAGGUGGAACGGUGAAGAUCUUAGCAUCUUCCAACCACCUGCAAACGCUGUAUCUACCACAUCACUUAAAAUACCAGAGUACAAUGACGAUUUGGAGGCUGUGAUUACCAGCGAUUCCAUUGCAGAAUCAUCGAGUUCCUCAAAUACCAUUGUCGCCACGCCCAGUAGUACAAGCAAAAAGAUGCCCUGGAAUGCUACUGACGACUAUAUCAUGACGAAUGCAAGCACCGAUUCAUUGCAAGGUUUACUACAACAAACACAACAGCAAACGAAUGUUCGUAAUGUCAUUAGCCUGCACCGACCCCAUCCGACGCUCACAGCCGGCAUUCCUAUCAGCAUCAACUAUAUCGCACCCACUGAAAGCGCAUCAGCCAUAUUCGAAUACACAAUGCACUAUCAACCUCAGUGCGAUGGUCCCACAGAAGUUUACGUACCCAGCUGCUAUUUCCCAUUGCCACCUGAAAUUACUAAAAUCACUGUAAAUGUUGGAACUUGGAAAGUACAGACAACUCACAAAGCUUACUGGACCCUGCUAUGGACCAUUGAAAAAGGCGAUGCUAUUCCUGACGCUACAUUGAAGAUAGAAGGUGUUUCUGUCGUUUGA